GAUAAUUAAUGAUUUGCCUCCCCCUCUGUAAAAUUCACAGAUUUCUGUCGACCCCUUUAUUGCUUCUCCUCCUCUGUUUCGCCCUUUUCCUCUGCAGCAGCAGCAGCAACUGCUACGACAUCGAGUGAACCCCUGCGUUUCGAUUUUCUUGUUUCUUCAACCCCCUGAUAAAAGCUGAACCGAGGAGUAAAACCCAUGUCUGGUUUGUAUAAUCCCAACUUCUCUCACGCUAGAGCGGUUUCUCCUCAGAUUAGAAGCGCCCCAGAUGUCGAUAGUCAGUACUUGCAGGAGUUGCUGGCAGAGCAUCAGAAGCUUGGACCCUUCAUUCAAGUCCUUCCGAUAUGCAAUCGGCUGUUAAAUCAAGAAAUAUUGAGAGUUUCAGGAAUGAUGUCCAACCAAAGUUUCGGUGAUUUUGAUAGACUGCGGAAUAGAAGCCCUAGUCCUAUGGCUUCUUCAAAUCUCAUGUCAAAUGUCACUGGGACUGGAUUAGGUGGCUGGGCCCAGGAGAGAUUUUGUGGGCCGACUGGAAUGACAAUGGACUGGCAAGGUGGAGCACCAGCAAGUCCUAGUUCGAUUACUGUUAAGAGGAUCUUGCGAUUGGACAUUCCAGUAGAUACAUACCCCAAUUUCAACUUUGUUGGAAGACUUCUGGGACCUAGGGGCAAUUCUCUGAAACGUGUAGAAGUUAGUACAGGAUGCCGUGUGUAUAUUAGAGGAAAAGGAUCAAUAAAGGAUCCAGACAAGGAAGAGAAAUUAAGAGGAAGACCAGGCUAUGAACAUCUCAAUGAACCACUGCACAUUUUGAUUGAGGCUGAUUUACCUGCAAGUAUUGUUGACUUAAGGCUUAGACAGGCACAGGAAAUUAUAGAAGAAUUGCUCAAACCUGUGGAUGAGUCACAAGACUACAUUAAGAGGCAGCAGUUGCGUGAACUAGCUAUGCUGAAUUCAAAUUUCAGAGAAGAGAGUCCUGGACCAAGUGGUAGUGUAUCUCCAUUCAAUUCUAGUGGAAUGAAACGUGCAAAAACAGGUCGCUGAGAGGUCUCUCUAUCUUACUAUUUGUCUAAAAAUGCUUAUCUUGACGUCGUUUAGUACAUUUUCAACCGAUGCAAGCGGCUACAAAAAGCACAGGCUAACGCAAUUCUUGCUGCUAGCAUUCUGGUGGUUUUGGUCCAUUUUGAACAAAGUUGGAAAAAGAAGAUUAAAACAAGUCAUAUAGUUGGGUAUUGAGAUGAAACUAGGUCUGUUUAGAUCAGUCUUUUAUCCUCCUUUUUUUUCAACUCCCCAGAAACUUAAUACAUUCAUUGGAUUUAUUCUUGUGUUAGAUUUACCUUUGAGAAGUGUGGGGAAUACAUGUGGUGGUGAAGGUGUUUAGGGUCUGAGCAGUUUUGUGAGGCAUGUCAAGUGUUUAUGAUUUAUAAUAUAUGUAUCUAUAUGAGGAAGCAUAGGGGUGGGUUCUUUUUAGUUGUCUGUCACAAGCAAUUUGUAUUCUGUUACCAUUGGAACGAUGCAUGUCAGGUGAAUAUCUUAGAAUGUACCGAAGAUGAAGGAAAACCCAAAAAAAAAAAAAGUGGUUUUUUUGUUUAUUGUAUGUAUAUAAUUCUUGGCCAAAAGUUUUGAUUUUUAUGUUUAAA